CAGGUUGCGGAAAAGAUGUAAAAAAGGACAUGUGCACUUUGCCCCAAAGUCGAGUGUAGUGUCCUGUACUUUGCACCAUCAGAGAACAUAGCUGCUCACAAAAAUUGUUUGCUGUAUUCUUCAGCACUUGUGGAAUAUGAGGAUCAUGAUCCAUGUAAUUAUGAUAGAAGUUUUGGUGUGAAAGCAGUAAAGAAAGAAAUCUGUAGAGGAAGGAGGUUGAAAUGCACAUUUUGUGGUAAAAGAGGAGCUACCAUGGGAUGUGAUGAAAAAGCCUGUGCCAAGAAUUACCACUUUUUCUGUGCCAAGAAUGACCACGCAGUUCUACACACUGGAUCUGAAGGAAUUUAUAAAGUGUUUUGCCAACAACAUGCUCCAUCAAGAGAAACUCAAUCUGGCCUACUCUCAGUAAAGCUAUUGUCUGGUGUCUUCCAUCCUCACUGCAAUCAGAAGAUGACACCAAGACAAGUUCAUUUUCCAAGAGUGAAAAGAAAAAGAGGAAAGAAGAAAGGUCUCUCAACAAGCAUUCCUAUACAGCUACAUUAACCAAUGACAUUAAAUAAGUCCACAAAACAAAUGAAUGAAGAGGAUGGAAGAAACACAGACGCAAUUGUGAAAGCUGCUUUCCUUAAGAAAUGUAAGGAUGCAGGACUUCUUAAUGAUUUAUUUGAAGAAAUACUAGACAGACUUCAUUCGAUUAAAGAAAGACUUAUGGAUGAGACUACUUCAGAACAAGACUAUGAAGAAAUUGGGACUUCACUUUUUGACUGUAGAUUGUUUGAAGACACAUUUGUACAUUUUCAAGCAGCAUUAGAAAAUAAAAUUCAUCAAUUUGAAGAAAAACGGCAGCAGAUGAAGGAAGAGAUUAAGCUGCUUCAGGACAUAAAACAAACCUUGUGCUCUGUUCAAGAAAACAGAGACCUUAGGUCAAGUUCUACUUCAGUAUCUUCUCUAUCUUCUUAA